AUGAAAUAUAGAACUGAAAUACAAUUAUCUAAUUAAUUAACACCUUAUUUAGCUAAAUUAUAAGAUAAACAAGAUAGAGUAUUAAGAUUACUUUUGAAAAAGAAUAACUAAUUAGAAUUUAAGUAAAUUAAAGUUGUGUAAAAAUAAACAUUAAAACAUAAGUCACAACAUCUUCAAUUACCAUAAAUUUAGAAUAAUGAUUUAAUUGAUAAUAAAGAAAGAAAAUAUCGAAAAUAUAAAAAUUUUUAUUAUUCAGAUUAAAAACAAUAAUAAUAAGAAUGCAAUUUAGAUUCAAGAGUUUAAGAAAUUUUAGAAAAAAUAUGUCAUGUAAGAAAAAAAUAAAUCAAUGAUUUAAGACCUGAAUCAAAUUUGAUGAAAAGAAAAGGUUAUUCAGUUGAUUUACAAAAAUAGCAUCCUCCUAUCUUAUAAUAAAGAUAAAGAAGUGUUUAACAUAAUUCUUUUAAUUACUUUUUAUAGCCUACUCAAUUAAAUUCUGAAUCAGAUUGGCUUGAAUUUGUAUUUGGUUGA